GGAGACCGGGCUCGUGGAAAGCAAGGCAUCCGUUGGCGAGGACGGCACAGUGUUUACGGAGCGCAUCUCAUGCUUGAAGGAGGUUAAAAAGCUGAUGAUACCAAUCUGAGGAUGAUGAAUCGCUACACCACCCUGAGGCAGCUAGGCGAUGGCACCUAUGGGAGUGUGCUGAUGGGGAGAAGCAACGAGUCUGGAGAACUUGUAGCAAUCAAAAGGAUGAAGAGAAAGUUCUACUCAUGGGAAGAAUGCAUGAACCUAAGAGAAGUGAAGUCACUGAAGAAGCUGAACCAUGCCAACGUGGUGAAACUAAAAGAGGUUAUCAGAGAAAACGAUCACCUCUACUUUGUCUUUGAGUACAUGAAGGAGAACCUGUACCAGCUCAUGAAGGACAGAGAGAAUAAGAUGUUCUCAGAGAAUGAAAUUAGGAACAUCAUGUUUCAAGUGCUGUCUGGGUUGGCUUUUGUACAUAAGCAUGGUUUCUUUCAUCGAGACAUGAAGCCGGAGAAUCUCUUGUGCAUGGGUCCAGAGCUGGUCAAAAUAGCAGAUUUUGGACUGGCCAGAGAGAUCCGCUCCAAACCCCCGUACACAGACUAUGUCUCAACUAGAUGGUACAGAGCUCCUGAAGUUCUGCUGAGGUCAUCUACCUACAGCUCUCCGAUUGACCUUUGGGCUGUGGGUUGCAUCAUGGCUGAGCUCUACACACUCAGACCGCUUUUCCCUGGAAACAGCGAAGUGGAUGAAAUCUUUAAGAUCUGCCAAGUUCUGGGAACUGUUAAAAAGAUGGAUUGGCCGGAGGGUUAUCAGUUGGCAUCUGCUAUGAACUUCCGCUUUCCCCAAUGUGUGCCCACCCACCUUAAGACCCUCAUCCCAAAUGCCAGCAACGAGGCGAUUGCACUGAUGAGGGACCUGAUGCAGUGGGACCCCAAAAAAAGGCCAACCGCCGUACAGGCCCUCCGUUACCCUUACUUCCAGGUAGGCCAGAUCCUGGGGUCUCGUCCUCAGAGCCAAGAGGUGAAGAAGUCUCAGAGCAGGCCGACGGUUCAAAAGCAGAUCUCCGAGUCCAAGGCAGAUCCACAGCAGCUUUCCUCCGAGUCCAAAGGCUCCACAAGCUCCUAUAAAGGCCACCAGCAGCACCAGCCUCUUCAGCAGAUCCCGCUGCCUCAGGUGGACAGUAAACCGGGAAGCCUCAGCCAUGCAAAGGCCGCGCCUCUGGGAAAUGAGAACAGCGUCGUAGGCGGUGGGACGGGGACGCAGAAAAACGGACGUCGGCGCUGGGGACAGACGGUAGCCAAGACCUCGGACAGCUGGGAGGAAUCCGACCAGUCAGAAACCGCCGCCUCCAACUCCAAGAAGCCCAGUCUGGGGAACGCAGAGGAGGAGGACGGCCCCGCCGAGCGUUGUCCCCAGCCCAAGGAGCAAAAGCCUCUAUAUUCCUUCAGCACUGUUACAAAACUCCCCAACAAUGUCAAGGUUGGCCAAACGGAGCCCAGUCUUCCUGGAUCUGCAGCCAGGCAGCACUAUCUCAGCCAAUCACGUUAUCUACCAGGCUUGAUUGGCAAGAAUCAGACCUCCGGAGAUAAAGACAUGAGUAGCAUGACGCUCCGGGACCUUUGGGAGAACUCCUCAAACACGGGAAAUAAGCUGCUCGGCCCUAUCGGAGGAGGAUUAACCGUCACCAGGGCCAACGCAGAAGAGAAUACUACUAAAUCUGUGGAUAGCACACCCGAGAAAAGUGUUGUCAAAGAAAGAAUUCUGGAGAAAAUUGAUCUUUCCAAAGGGAACUUCAUAAGCACCAAAUACAACCUCUCCAGUGGUUAUAUUCCUUCUUUCCAAAAGAAAGAGGUCGGCUCGGUGGGACAGAGAAUCCAGCUUGCCCCUCUGGCUGGCCAGCACUCCAUCCACCUUUCUUCUUCUCCUGAUAAUAAAAAAGACAGGACUAAAUCUGCAAAACUCAAGCCUAUAUCCAGCUCGGCACAGAGUGAAUCUGGUGAAGAUUACGAAGGCUGGAGGAGGAGGGCGGACAGGACUCAGGUGAAGGGGAGCAGCUACUCCGCAUUCGGGAAGACCACCGGGAACCUCCUGAGCAGAGCCCCCGCCGCGCAGCCCGUUCACGGCCGGGUGGACUGGACGUCCAAAUACGGAGGAAAUCGGUAG